AUGCCUCCAAUCCCAACCCGACUUCCAGAAGAGACACGUUCACGCAUAUCAGAUGCUGAACGGCGGUAUAAACAUCUUUCAGAGGUGCAAGUACCCACACUACGAACGUGCACCGGUCCUCUGUCGCUGCAACAGUCUCUUGCGGAUGACCUGCGAGAGAGCACGGCCCUACUCGCAAAACAGAUCGAGGAACUCAAUAUUUCAGUGGAUGACCACCCCGGUAUGAGGACGAGGGCUGAAUUGAGGGAGAUUGUAAAUAACCUGCUGGAUAAACUUGAGAGUCUACGGCAAGAUACACGUGUUGCGCUCCUUGAAUCAAAACGAGCGAUCGACUUGCGGAGUAAAUCUAACAAAGAGGAGCUCCUAGUUCGUUCACCAGGUCUCCAAGAUCGACAGACUUCAAGCGAGAAAACGACUGAGGACGCACUCAUGAAAGCCAAUUCCGAUGUAACUGACGCCCUCCGACGCACCAUCGGGCUUAUGCAAAGCGAGCUCGAGCGCUCCGUCUUAACAACCCAAAUGCUCGACGAGUCCACCUCGACUCUGCGUGCCGCCUCUCUCCAGCACGAUACCCUCUCAGGCAUCAUGUCUACCUCCAAGCAGCUCAUCAUUGCCUUGGAGAAGAGCGACUGGUUGGACCGCGUGCUCAUCAUCUCGGCUUUCGUGUUCUUCCUCUUGGUCGUGCUAUUCAUCGUCAAGCAGCGAAUCGUGGACCGGAGUAUUAGUAUCGCGUUUUGGUGGACUAGGUUCAUCCCAAGCAUUGGCUCCGGUAGGGGAAGCGUGAAGGUGUUGAAAGAUGUUGAGAAGGGUGUGGGUGGGGUUGUAUCGACGAGCGUGGUUAGUGUUGCAACGUCUUUGACAUCAUCAAUAGCCACCCCACUGGCGAGCAUUAUAUCCUCCUCGCUAUCAAGCUCUUCUUCAUCCACGAUUGCAAGCCCUGAGCCGAGCUCAGAGGUGCUGGACACCCUGUCAUCGGUUGCGGAAUCCUCGCUCGUUCCAGAAGAGCAAUCUGCCUCUGCUUCUCCGACCGAGGCUGCUAUGCCUACACCUGAAGAGCUGGUUCAUGUAGAACUAUGA